CCAACACUCAACAGCUAAGAUAUCCAGGAUUUGUUACGAAAUAAGCCCUUUUCGAGUUUCGCUCUCGCGAAUCCCUCGCACUUGUGUUUUUCUUCCAGUUUUCAUUUGCCCAGAUCUCCUGCAACUGCGAGGAAUACCUUCAGUGUCGGAUCGAUGGAGAAUCCAAAAGUUCAAGAGAUUCUGGAGAAGCAAGUAUUGACGGUCGCGAAGGCCGUGGAGGACAAGCUUAAUGAAGAGAUCUCGGCUUUAGAUCAUCUCGACCUCGACGAUCUCGAGGCUUUAAGGGAGCGGAGGCUACAACAGAUGAAGAAAAUGGCAGAGAAGAGGAGUCGUUGGAUCUCCCUCGGCCACGGCGACUAUUCUGAGAUCCCCUCCGAGAAGGAUUUCUUCUCUGUCGUCAAGGCCAGUGAACGCGUCGUUUGCCAUUUCUACCGAGAUAAUUGGCCUUGCAAGGUAAUGGACAAGCACAUGACCAUUCUGGCAAAACAGCACAUAGAGACACGUUUUGUAAAAAUUCAUGCCGAGAAAAGUCCAUUCUUGGCUGAGAAGCUUAAGAUUGUUGUUCUCCCAACCCUUGCAUUGAUAAAGAAUGCCAAAGUUGAUGAUUACGUGGUAGGUUUUGAUGAGCUUGGAGGAACAGAUGAAUUCAGCACAGAGGAACUGGAAGAGAGGCUGGCGAAAUCUCAAGUUAUCCUUUUUGAGGGUGAGUCGUCAGUAAACCCAUACAAGACUAGUACAUCAACCAGAAGAAGUGUCCGGCAAAGCACAAACUCAGAUUCAUCAGAUUCAGAUUAAGUAGGGAUUUCGUCUUUUGUUGAAAAGGCUUUAACCACUUGGUAGAAAGGUGGGUUUUGUGGUUAUAUUUCUACAUUUGAUGUCUGUUCAAGGGUUUUAAUGUAUCAUAUUUGCGCUCCAUUGAGGUUUUAGUUUACUAUAUUAUUUUUUGUUGGAUUCUUGAUAGUAUAGCAAGUAUAACCCUAUGCUGGUGUUACAGCUGCAACACUUCUUUGUAUUAGAAUUGGUUUGUGAUCCCUCCAUAGUUGAGGACUAUAUUUGACUCUAAUUGUCACAUGCACAACAUUGUGCAACUGGUCAGAUCCAAGAUCAUUCUCCAAA